UUGGUACUUUUGCCUUCUCUAUUUUUCUCUUUGGUUUCCUGAAGGCUUAGGACUGACUUUCAUGGGCUACGGAAGUGUACAGACUGUUUGAACUACUUUCGCUCCCCCAGUAAGGGGCCAGUCCUCCUGAACAACACCGCUGGAGGGUUCUGAACAAGAAUCUGAUGCAGUAGCAGUAUCCACCCUCUCCCCAAGGAAGAUGCUAGAGAGCUGACUCUUUCCUGGCAUGUGCGAGGCAACAAAGGUCUCUCUGUGGUGUGGGGUUUCACGGCUGAGAAGUGUCUGCCAUUCACACAGGAAUCUCCAUAACUCUGCACAGAGUGACUCCUCUACAGGAAAGAGAGCAGCAGCAGGUGAGUCAUGUGAUGUUUGCCUUCCAACAAUCACUGUACCAGAACUCCAUGAGUUCCAAAGCAACAGGAGUCUCAGCAGCCUUGGAUAUCUCCCAGCUUCCUGCCUUAUUGUGACAUUCCUUUUAUUUUCACCCUUCCGAAGUGUCUGGUGAAAGGGCUGCGUCAGGAACAUUGCUGAGGGAGUGGCUUGCAAACGAGAGAGGGCCAUGGGCUUGAGCUCUGUCAUCCUUCACCUCUCCUACAAAUUCAGGCUGCUGCUGAUCUUCAUCUUGUGCAUGAUGGUGGUAGCAUGGGCCACCUCCAGUUACCUUGUGGACACUGUACAGGAGACUCCGAAAGCAAAGAGCUUGGUGGAGAAUUUCAGGAAGGCAACCAUGCUGGAGAAGGAGAAUCAGAAAAAGAAGGCCAUGUCAACUGUUAAAGUUCAUACAGUGAAGUCCACCAUGAGUCACUGCCCUGCUCUCUCUCCCUACCUGCAGGGCCCCAGCCAGCUCAAGUUCAAAGCAUCUCUCACAUUGGAAGAGGUACAGAAGGAGAACCCUCAGGUUGCAAAAGGCCGGCAUCGCCCUGUAGAGUGCUCAGCACUGCAACGAGUGGCCAUCCUGAUCCCACACCGCAGUCGAGAGACGCACCUGUUGUACCUGCUGGAGCACCUCCACCCAUUCCUACAGAGACAGCAACUGGACUAUGGUAUCUAUGUCAUCCACCAGGCUGGCAAUACCAAGUUUAACCGAGCUAAACUGCUGAAUGUAGGAUACCUGGAGGCCCUGAAGGAAGAAAACUGGGACUGUUUCAUUUUCCAUGAUGUGGACCUGGUGCCAGAGAAUGACUUUAACAUGUACACGUGUGACAAACAACCAAAGCACCUUGUAGUUGGCAGGAACAACACUGGGUACAGGUUGCGUUACCAGGGAUAUUUUGGGGGAGUAACUGCUCUAACAAGGGAUCAGUUUUCCAAGGUGAAUGGAUUCUCUAACAAUUAUUGGGGCUGGGGUGCAGAAGACGACGACCUCCGAAUCAGGGUUGAGAUGCAGAAGAUGAGGGUGAUGCGGCCAUCCCCUGAUGUAGGAAAGUAUACUAUGAUCUUCCACACAAGAGACAGAGGCAAUGAGGCGAAUGGAGAAAGGAUGAAACUCUUGCGGCAGGUGUCCCGAGUGUGGAAAACAGAUGGGCUGAACUCCUGUUCCUAUAAACUGCUCUCGGUGGAGCACAACCCUUUGUACAUUAACGUCACAGUGGAUUUCAGCAUGCCACCCAAGAUCUCCUGCAUCAACCUUGAGACCUCAGCCAUCCCUCUUAUCGCCUGCUCAGAGACUGCAAAGACUCAGAAAGAGACCGUGAAAAAGCAAAGAAGACAUGGUGCAAGAAGUGAUGCGGCAAUCUAUUAAAGAGAGAGAAUGAGAAAGCACAGGACUGGAGGGAGAGGGAAAGCAGGAUCCGCCAGGAAAACGCAGCGCACCAGCGGCAAAGCACCACGCACUGGCAGCAAAGCACUGAUAAGCUCAUAAGCAUCCUGGAGCGCUAAGCAGACGCUAUCCAGGAGCUGGUAGCCAUGCAGAAAGAGGAACAGUACCACAAACGCCACCCCCCCUACAGCCCUUGUCCCAAAACUUUCCCUUGUGCCCCACUGUCACCUCCAACCCACUUUCCCCAACUUCCAGGUUCUUCACGCCACCAGCUGCCUCCAACACCAGUAUCUUCACCACCCAGCCCUGAAAACCACGACCCUUACCCUCUGCACUCAACCCCCAUCACCAUGCAGUAUAGCUGUCCUGAAGUGCAGCACUCACUGCACAGCACACCAGACAGGACAUAUGCAAAUCUGUGAUUGUACCGUUCCCCACUUCACCCCCUUGUUUCUUUUCAAUAAAUGGAUUCUGUGUCUUUGAAAA